CACCAACCUUCCUUCUGCAUCUUUCUAUUCAAAAAAUCAAAAACUUCGAUCUUCCGAUUUCAAUUUCGUCUCAUCUCCGCCUUCUCAGCAAUGAACUCCGCUUUACAUUUUGCUUUUCCGGCGGCGAAUCCAACUUUUGUCUGCGGAAUCCGAUGUGUGACUGCUUCUCCUGGAUUACUCUGUUCCCGCUUAAGAGUCUUCUCUCUUCCUCCUCCUUAUUCUUCAUCUCUCAAGGCAGAGUCAUGUUUAAAAAGAGACGCGCACAGACAAAGAAGCAGUCUUGAGUCAUCAAUGUUCUGAGAGCCAAGUUAAUAUGUUGUGGUGGAAGUGGUAACAUUAUGUGUAAAACUUGUGGCGGGGCGUGGUCACUUAGGACACUGAUGAUGACUCUGAGGUUAAACUCUGUUUUCAAUCAUAUCAUGGCUUUUGUCAUCAAUAUAUCUCUGAUCUUAUUGCAGAGUCCUAUGUUUUUAGUUUCCACAUAUAGAUUUGUGUCCCUGUACUGAUGUAAUCUCGAGCCACAGAAAUGCACAACCUUGUAACAGACUGGCUAACUUCAUCUUCUCUUGUAAUGGUUUCGUAAAUGGCUGUGACUUAAGUCACUAAACCGAAAUUCUUUAGUGACUUUUAGAUGGAUGUCAUUCUUUUCCAGUGCAAGGAAGUAAGGAACUUUUUUUACUUAAAUUGAUGUAACUUUUUGAUGGAUUAAUAGAAGAAUGACCGAAAAAUUUACAUUUUACGGGAAGAAGUUAUGCCAGAAAUCAUUAAUAACAACAAAAGCCCAACAUCAGUUCCGGUCCAAAGGAGAUAAUAAACUACACUUUUUAGGCCUUUGAACCCAAUAACAACACUGUAACCAGUCUUUCUUCUCUUUGAUCCAUAAACUUAGAUAUAGUUUUUAAGUUUGAAACAAGUUCCUUCAGGAGAUUUCAUGUGCUUCCAGUUCAAACUUCAAACUAGUUUGUUAGUGAACUUGUGUUUUUUUUUUUAGAUCUUAUUUUCCGUUGUAAAUUCUUAACAUCACAUUAUUCUUAUUAUUGUAAAUUAUUUUGGCCAUCUUGAAAAAUAUAAACAAAAGACACUACUACGCAUAUAGAUUCCAUCAGCUGAUUUAGCUGGCCCGAAAAAUACAAAAUGCAUUGAGACCACAUUGCUUGACCUAAAUUUAAAAUAUCAUCUGACUAAUGAUAAGAGUAGCCAAAUGCAUUCAACCAAAAUCUAUGUGGACCAAUUCUCAAAUGUAAACUAACAAAAACAACAUCAAUUUUGUUCUCAACAUAAAUCAAAUCCAUGGCAUAUCAAUUACGCCCGUGCCCCAAACGCCCUUACAACUAAACUAUCACUACUCACUGCUAUCUUCACAAAGAAUUUUCUUUUAAAUUUUGAAGAAGGAAACGAGUCAUAUAGACAUAUGGUAUGCACAUUAUUGCAAGCAUAUCAUCAGUGUCGCCCGUGACAGCUUCUUUGCACAACUCGCCACGAAACCGGCUUUGAAUUAGUUUAAUAAACCAUAUAAUGUAAGCAUCAAUGAUACUAUUUCCCAACAUCAUUGUCGCUUUGAUCAAGUAUACCAUUUCCCUUCUUUUCCUCAUCAUGUACCGGAUUUUGGGGUUACGUAUAUUUAUGGAUUUUAAUGUUAAAAGGUAAUUUAAGUGUAUAUAAAUUUCCAAAUUUUCAUUUGUAAAAUUCAAAAGGGUUUAUAUUUGUAAAAGAACUGCACUUUAAAGUCCAUGCAUGCUUAUUUUUUGAUUUGUUGGAAAUUAAUUUACAAGUCAUAUUUUUUCGCUUUAUUUUAACGCUGGAUUACAACUAAAAUCCAUGAACUGAUAUUAAUUAAAAAAUUAUGAUCAUAAAUAUAAUAUAUUUUUUUUCAGUUACAAAAUUUUUUUUUGAAAAUUUCAAUACACACAAUAUUUACGGACACUUUAAAAUUUAUCAAUAAAUCGAAACUAAAAUUAGUCUAUCUUCUUUAGGCAUGACGUAUACGGUUUAACAACAAGUUGAUCCUUUCAAUUCUAACGACUAAUGGUAAUAUAAUUUGACGACUAAACAAAUUAAUUACCCAACCUGUGUGUACAUGACAUGGAACACUUGUUGUGUGGUAUAUAUGCUUUGAUGUAUUAUUCGGUUAAUCGUCUAUUCAAUAAAGCAAAAUCCAUUAAGAAGAGUUUUAAAAAUUUAAAUAUUGUCUCUAUACGUAAGUUGUUGUGGUGCAAUUAUAUUCGGUUGUUAAGUUACAAAAAAAAAUUUAUAUUCGGUUGUUGUACAUGUGCAAUUGACUAAAAUUAAAUGAAACCGAUACAAUUAAAGGUAAUGUCUAAAAAUUAAAUCGUAUUAUUCUCAAUCAUAUUUGGGUCAAUUUUCUCAAUCAUAUAAAAGUCUUAUUAAUUUUAUAAUGUAUAUAAUAUUGAAAUAUGUAUGUUAGAGCCAAGUAGUUUUAAAGAAAACCCUGUUUAAGGUACUUUCAUAUGAUUUAAUUAAAUAACUCUUUUUAAUUUUAUCGACCUAAACAUUUUAAAAAAAAUCGAAACCGGCAAAGAAAAACUGAAAGUGAUAUAUAUUACGAUGAUACUGCCACCUUCUCGACCAUGUAAUUAAUUAAAAUUCUUCAUUUAUCAACAUAGCUGGAUCAAAUCUUCAGCAUAUAAGUGUAAAGUAUAUUAAUAAAAAUUAGUUUAAAAAAAGUAUAUUAAUAAAAAAUUACAACAUGGCGAAAGGAAUGUUCACUAAGUCGCUCGCACGCCUUUGCAAACGUUUCUAAAGCUUAUUUCUCUCAAAUUGAUAUAACCUUUGACUUUCGCAUGUCUUCGGCACAAACAGGAGAUGUUUUAGUUUUAAAAACUCAAAUUAUAUUUUCUAGCGGUUGAGUUUUUAGUAUAUAUACCUUAUGGUUGAUCACAAAUGUCUUACAAUCCCUUCCACAAGAAGCAAAAGAAAAAUACUUCGAAGAAAAACUUCUUAUCAACAAAAAUGAUGAAGUUUUCUUCUCUUCUUGUGCUUUUCUUUAUUUUCCCGAUCGCAUUGGCCCAACUGCGAGUCGGAUUUUAUAGCCGGUCAUGCCCUCAAGCCGAGACUAUCGUACGCAAUCUGGUGCGCCAACGGUUUGGUGUUGACCCAACCGUAACUGCUGCUUUGCUCCGUAUGCACUUUCACGACUGUUUCGUUAGGGGCUGUGACGCUUCCCUUCUCAUUGACUCAACCAACUCUGAGAAAACGGCCGGACCAAACGGAAGCGUUAGAGAAUUUGACCUGAUUGACCGCAUCAAGGCUCAGCUAGAGGCUGCGUGUCCCUCCACGGUCUCAUGCGCUGACAUCAUCACAUUAGCGACACGUGACUCCGUGGCGUUAGCUGGAGGCCCGAGCUACAGCAUCCCCACGGGAAGGCGCGAUGGUUUGGUCUCAAACAAUGUUGACGUGGCCCUUCCGGGUCCAACAAUCUCUGUCGCCGGAGCCGUCAGUUUGUUCACCAACAAAGGGAUGAACGUAUUCGACGCUGUGGCUCUUCUGGGUGCACAUACCGUUGGUCAGGGAAAUUGUGGUCUAUUCAAUGACAGGAUCACUAAUUUCCAGGGCACCGGACGACCUGACCCGUCCAUGGACCCAGCCUUGGUUUCCAGCUUAAGGAACACAUGUAGAAACAGCGCGUCAGCGGCACUAGACCAGUCGACUCCACUAAGGUUCGACAACCAAUUCUUCAAGCAGCUCCGUAAAAGGAGAGGAGUGAUGCAGGUUGACCAGCGGCUCGCAACAGACCGUCAGACUCGUGGUGUUGUGGCUCGAUAUGCUAACAACAAUGCCUUCUUCAAACGUCAGUUUGUUAGGGCAAUGAUAAAGAUGGGAGCCGUUGAUGUGCUUACCGGUCGUGCUGGUGAGAUUAGGAGAAACUGCAGGAGAUUCAACUGAUGACCUUGAUGAAUUACUACUAAAUGUGGACGUAAUUAUAUUUUAUAUUUUCAAGUCUUAUUUAUGUUUCUAAAUCAUUUUUGUGUGUGUUUGUUGGAUUUUUGUUGCUUAAAUAUUUUUUCGUGAAUUGGAUAUAUAGUUUCAUUUCUCGAAAAAUAUAACUAUAUGUUGGUCUGAAUAUUGAAGAUGUAUCUUAUUCUUAUU